AUGGUCUGCACAGUGGUAGUUCUUGGCAUGGCAGUCUUCUUUGUUUGGUGCAUGGUGCAAGCUGUGGAACAUUUCGACUACUCUAAGUACAAGUCGUCGUACAAGAUACAGGCUGUCCUCAAUUGGUUGAAGAAGCACGGUGUAGACCUGAGCAAAAUGGACUGGUCCACCAUCUUCGCCACGUUUCGAGGUCAGCUAAUGGACACGCUGACUGCCGUCAUUGCCUUCUCAGAGGGCAUUGUACUAACAUCGCUGAUGUUCUUCUUCUGCUUGUAUGCGAUGCUGCCGAAUCCGCACGACAAGAGGACAUUUCACCGACCCCUAAACCACCCUGAGCAGAGUACGGGUUUACAGUUCAUUACAGGGCUUCUUUGCCAAAGGUUUCGAGGCCUCACUACCGACUCCCACCUUCAUCCCCGUCUUUCGGGUUUUUGUAGUACUGCGGUAGGACGAAAGUUCGUCGCACUCUGUGUCGCUCUUGAACACGGUACGCACGCCUUUUCCCCUAGCCCUAGACUCCUGCAUCAAGUCCUCUGA